AUGGCUGAUUCUUCUGCUUCCUUCUCAGCAAAACAGUAUCGUGAUGACAAGAAGUUCCACGUGGUACUUGCAGCUACUGGUUCAGUUGCAACCAUAAAGCUUCCUAAUAUCGCCGAGGCGCUCUGCCGCCACCCGUCCAUCUCAGUACGAAUAAUAGUGACUCAAUCAGCCGAAAGGUUCCUAGUUGGUCAGAGCCUCGAACAGCCUAUCUUGGAUAGUCUUCGGCAGAUUAAGGGCGUGGAUGCCGUGUAUCGAGAUGAUGAUGAAUGGGCAACGCCAUGGACUCGUGGAGCAAAUAUCUUACACAUUGAAUUACGCAAGGUUAACAUUGAACACAUAUACUGGGUGAUUAGAAAACAGCUAACGAUCAGCAAGUGGGCACAUGUAUUACUGAUCGCUCCAUUAUCGGCCAAUACAAUGGCGAAGAUGAGCGUGGGCAUCGCGGACAACCUUCUGCUGUCGGUGGUGCGGGCCUGGGAUACAACUGGCUUGGUCGAUCAAGAUUUCAAAGUCCAGAAGCCAAGAAUUUUCGUCGCUCCUGCCAUGAAUACUGCCAUGUGGCACCAACCUAUCACUCAUCAGAACCUCGGAAUCCUUCGAGACCAAUGGGGCUGGAGUCCCACCAACCCAGAGGGAUGGGUGACUGUUCUUCCUCCAAUAGAUAAGCCCCUAGCUUGUGGGGAUGUUGGUAGCGGUGGAAUGAUGGACUGGAAAGAUAUUGUCCGUAGUAUUGAAGAGCACUUGGGUCUUCUGGCGGUUCAAUCUUGA